GCACUCGCCAUGGCCCUGAACCGCGUCACCAUGGCCGCCGGUGCUGCCGUACCGGUCAUCUCUGCCGGAGAAGAUCUUCCCGCCGACCUGACCUCCGCCUCCUCCGAGCCCUCUUCCCUCUUCGACGGCACCACCAGGCUUUACGUGGCGUACCACUGCCCAUACGCGCAGCGCGUAUGGAUCGCGAGAAAUUGCAAGGGCUUGCAGGGCAAGAUCAAGAUAGUCGCGCUAGAUCUCAUGGACAGGCCAGCCUGGUACAAGAACAAGGUCUACCCAGAGAACAAG